CUGAAAACGUAAACUCUCUCAUUCAUAUCCUACCUUCCUUCAUUCUGCUGCUCAGGGGAGAGAAAAGAAGAAGAAAGAAGGGGGUUUCUUUGCUUGUUUCUUACUCUUUCUCUACCCCCUUCAUUCUAUAUCAAUCAAUCCUCUUCGAAUUCUUUUCAAUUAGGGUUUCAUCGAUCUGUUUCUCUCCCUCAAGGUUAUGCACAUGGAUUCUGUGACCCUUUGUGAUCUUUUGAAGUGGGUUAUCAAUAGUUUCUUGUAAUGGGUUUUGUUGAUUUGGGGAUAUAUGAGUAUUGAGGCUUCAGAAAAAAAAAAAUCAAUAAUUAAGGAUAAUGACAUCAAAAACAAUAAGGAGAAGACUCCAUCAUGGGGAUGUUGAUGGUAAAAAGCACGAGCAUUUAGUAGGUGCAGAUUUAGAUGACCUACAAGAGCCUUUACUUGGGAAAAAUGAUGACUAUAAAGCUAAGCAGUUGGAGGUGCAAAAGCGGGAAGGUAAUUUGUAUGAUGCAAAAAGUAAAGAGCGCCUCCACUGGACGUUUCUAUUCUCUAACAUAAUUUCCGAAUGGGCACAAUGGUUAGCAAGAGUACUACUCGGAUCCGGAUCGUUUAUUGUACGCGCCUUGACUUUACCUUCAACGGUAGGAAGUGUACCGACAAAGAAGCUUCUUCCGUCAUCACUUACUCCGUUACAGGAAUCAAGACUCAAAGCUUUGCAGAAAAGAUUGGAGGUCCCGUUUGAUGGUUCUUCUUUGGAGCACCAAGAUGCACUAAGGACGUUAUGGAGGUCAGCGUAUCCAAACCGAGAUCUCCCAGGACUUAAAUCGGAGGCUUGGAAAGAUAUGGGGUGGCAAGGAAAUGAUCCUUCUACCGACUUCAGGGGUGGAGGGUUCAUAUCUCUAGAGAAUCUUAUCUUCUUUGCCAACACAUAUCCGGAAGCUUUUCAAGACCUUCUAAACAAAAGAGAAGGAGAUAGAGCUGAAUGGGAGUAUCCUUUUGCGGUAGCUGGCAUCAAUAUUUCUUUCAUGUUGGUGCAAAUGUUGGAUAUUCAGUCAGGAUUACCAACAUCUUCAUCGGGGGCGCGCUUCUUGGAAUUUCUUAGUAAUGAUGAAUCGGCUUUUGAUGAGCUUUAUUGUGUUGCUUUUAAACUCAUGGAUGUUCAUUGGCUCGCCAGACGUGCUUCAUAUAUGGAAUUCAAUGAGGUUAUAAAAUCCACAAGAACGCAACUAGAGAGGGAGCUCGCAAUCGAAGAUGUGACAAGUGUGAAAGAUUUACCAGCAUACAACAUGUUGAGACGAUGAAACCGACACAUUGUAUAUUGAUAUAACAUUAUGUAGAGAGUUGAUAUGAUGAUGUUGGUAAAUUUCACAUUUGAAAAGAGAAUAGAAACAAUAAACAAGUAAUGGUUUGUUUGGUCUCUAUAUAAUCUGUACAAACUUAAAUGUGGUUUGACUUGAAAGGACAGACUUGUCAUA